AUGUCUGCAGUGUUCAUUGCCAGAACUCCAUUCUGUGGCUUGGUGCCUGGGUCUUGCUCUAUCAAUGAAGAAACUCCUUACAGCCCUUGGAUCCUGAACAUCACCUCUGAUUCCUUACUCUUUUGCAGGAAAAAGCAUCAAGCUCUUCACUUUCCUCAGCUGGAGGCUACCCUCAAAUCCUUGCUACGUGGAUCCUUCUAUAAGGAAGCUUACACCAUGGCAGCUGGCCUCAUCAAAGACUGUCUGAAUGAGUCGUACUUUAUCUCCAUUUUAGAGAUAAAGAAACUGAGAUUUAAAGAGUCAAAGAAAUCAUUUAAAAAGGUGAAAUUCAGCCACAGCUACAUCAGUUGCAAGAGGAAAGACAUUCGGAAAUUUUGCCUUUUCUUUUUGUUCCUGGUUUGGCAGAGAGAGAAUACACGAAAAUCGAUUCAGAGUGGGAACAAUGCAACUUACACUUCCUGUUGCAUGGAGUGGUCAUGUGACUCAAUCUGCUCAAAAAAAACCACAGACUGCUAUGUUCCAAAGAACACCAAACAGAGCACCGAUGGAUUUUGCCUUGUAAUUACCUGUAUGAGUGAAAUCAUGUUCAAAGACUCUCUCCUGAUAGAACUUGAAGGUCAGGACACGCUUGUAAUCCCAGUGCCAAGAACGGAGCCUGGCACAAAGCAGGUUCCGGAACCAGUUACCAAUCAAAGGAAGAUACCAAAUAUCUCCAGCCUUUGUCUUGGAAGCAGACAAUGGCCCUUCACCAGUAAGACCAAGAGAAUAAGAAAAAAUAACACAAGUUAUGUAUUGAAUGUUUACCAGUCUUCUAAUCACUUCACAGGCCUUACCUUUCAUUGA